AGGAAGCUGCACAGCUGCUGUUCGAAACAUUUUCCGCUGCUCAAGAUCUGAUUGUCAAGUGCACGACCGGCCUUACCACACUAUGCGUUGCUUUAAUACUCCCAGUGAUGGAAGAUUCGCAACCAAGUCCCACAUCAAGCACAUCUGGCUCCCGUUCCCCCACCUCUUCCACAAGCUCUUUGCAUCCGCGCCAGUUCGCCCUCAUUGUGGCUAGCGUUGGUGAUUCGCAGGCCUUUCUACUCAGCAAAUUUCACGGAAUUCGUGAGUUGACUGGGUGGAUGCCCCGGAGUACUGCCAGUCCCGAUAGUUGCACUUUUCCGGAGGAUAAAAUCAAAGCCUCCAGUCCACUUCCUUCAUCCCCGCCUGCAAGAGAUUUUCGCGAUUGCGGUGGUGCAUUGGGUUCCGUGUAUGCGGACAACAGCCCGGAGUUGAACAAUCUCAUAUGCGCAGUUACGCUUUGCGAUUCGGGCGAUUUUGUCAUUCUGGGCUCAGAUGGUCUAACGGAUAACUUCGACCCUGUCAUUACACAGGUGGCUGCCCCUGAAUCCCCGCAACUUGACUUUAUGGAUGACCAAGACGAGGUGGAAGUGGAGAACAGCUCUGGUUCCUCGGAGGAUCAAUGGAACCACCCCGCAAUUCCUGCUAAAUCAUGGUUUCGACCGCUUGGACUGUCACCCCCAUCCGGUGCACCUGUUUGGCCUCGUCCUCCGCCUCCUCCUCCCACUAACACCUACCUAUCCUCAAUGCCCAAUUUGGCCCACCCGUCUGCAAAUGCACAUUCUCCCGAGGUGGAGCACACACCGGAGAGUCCUGCACAAGAUUCUAUAAGUGCACGGAACCUCAAUUUCACCAACCAGCUCGAGUUGUCCUGGUCCGAACGACGUAGAUACGCCGGAAAGGAGAUGGAACGCAUUUGGCACGAGACCGACGCCAUCCUCUCAGGCCCAGCACCUAAAUCUGACGGGGUAGCCAGUGCACGCGACAUGUGUAAUGCACUGAUCGCUCACGCAGUGAAAGUCACAUCCGACAAGCGUGAACUCCUUCAGGAUCCUGAGUUGACCCGGCUGCGUAUGACCCGUGCUAAAUUGGGGCAGCUGAACUUGCCUGUCCCAGAGGAUGAACUGGGCGUGGGGCCAGUAAAAGCGCAGCGCCGUUGGUUAGCCGAGUUGCUGAAACGUACUCCGGGGAAAUUAGAUCACGCCACUGUGGCGGUUUACGAAAUCGGCCAAUAUCGUGGGGAUGAGAACGAAUUGUACGAGGAAUCUGCGUUGCUUUGAUGUGAUAUCAAACCUUCCUCUAAAGCAUGGCGCUCCGAGGCUUACAACGCUCGUUGCUUGCCCUCUACCUCUCAUUGGGAUCGAGAACAGAUUUUUGUAACCAGAUAGUUUGUCGGAUUAUGUGAGCUCUUCACUUGCUGUUGGAUGUGUUACGUUUUCAAUCAUCUCCUUUUUCUUGUCAAUAUUGUUGGCCGUGCUGUGUGUCAGUUUGAAGUGUGCUACUUGCAUUUAACACGCCUUUCGCUAUUCUCUUGAUUUCCUCACCAGUGUGGACACAGUUUUAACUGUCGGUUUCUCUUAGUAACUGCCUCGGCUACUGUCAGCGUUAUUUUAUACACAUGAAUUUCGAUGUGAUCAUCGCCAACCUUCUAAACUUUGUGACUCGAUCUAUUUGCAGAUGUCAGCGCUACAAUUUCUUCUUCGAUUGAUCACGUGUCCUUUCAGACUACAUGAUUUUUUCUAACUAUUUUCAUUACAUGUGAAAUACCGUUCGUCUCCACUAAGUUUGUCAUUAGUAAUGCUCGUGACUUCGUCAGCAUGAUGUGUGCACAGAAAUAUAGCUUUAUAAGCGUUUCAUCUGAGGCUACUUCUACGGCAAUAGACCUGCUGGGAUGAUAUCAAGCUGGAGGAUUUUCACUACUGGAAUAAGUGUUCGUUGUGUGCAACAGAUACUGCUAC